AUGGACUGGGGCACUCUGCACGUGUUCAUCGGGGGCGUGAACAAGCACUCCACCAGCAUCGGGAAGGUGUGGGUCACCGUCCUCUUUAUCUUCCGCGUCAUGAUCCUGGUGGUGGCCGCCCAGGAGGUCUGGGGGGAUGAGCAGGAGGACUUCGUGUGCAACACCCUGCAGCCCGGCUGCAGGAACGUGUGCUACGACCACUUCUUCCCCGUCUCGCACAUCCGGCUCUGGGCGCUGCAGCUCAUCUUUGUGUCCACGCCCGCCUUGCUGGUGGCCAUGCAUGUGGCCUAUUACAGGCAUGAGGCUGCCCGGCGGUUCAGGCGGGGCGAGACAAGGAGUGAGUUCAAGGACCUGGAGGACAUCAAGCGACAGAAGGUCCGGAUCAAGGGCUCGCUGUGGUGGACCUACACCAGCAGCAUCUUUUUCCGCAUUGUCUUCGAGGCUGCCUUCAUGUAUGUCUUCUACUUCCUGUACAAUGGGUACCACCUGCCCUGGGUGCUGAAAUGCGGCAUCCAGCCCUGCCCCAACCUGGUGGACUGCUUCAUCUCCCGGCCCACCGAGAAGACGGUCUUCACCAUCUUCAUGAUCUCCGCGUCCGUCAUCUGCAUGCUGCUCAACGUGGCCGAGCUGUGCUACCUGCUGCUCAAGGUGUGUUUCAGGAGGUCCAAGCGAGCGCAGACGCGGAAAGCACCCCCCAACAAUGCCCUCAAGGAGAGUAAACAGAACGAGAUGAAUGAGCUGAUUUCUGAGGGCGGGCAGAACGCCAUCACCGGGUUUCCCAGUUAA